AUGUCUGACCAGGAGGAGGUUGCCGGAAACUCCGGUUUCUCGACACCGGUUCCCGAACUCGACGACCACCGGAACCAGUCUACUUCGGUGCGCCCGGAGCGGACCCGUCGAGGAACUUUCGAUUCUCUGUAUGGAACACAGAAAGCCAACUCUGGUGUCCACGACGACGUAUAUCAGAAUACACGAGUGAGGGAUUUUGAGGAGGCUAUCAUCGAUGACGAUGCACCGGACAGCUCGCCAACCCUUCGGCGCAGUCGGAGGCCGACUGUCGAAUCGGUCGAUCCUCGCUCGUCGUCGCCUCCAAACUCAGUUAAGGCCUUUGCCGAAGCCCGUCGACGCGAACGCGAGCUCUCCUUUUCGGAGCCCAAGCCCGACCGUAAGCUCGACGAUCACGAGCUACAGAGGACUGCGUCACUCCUCAGCCGGCAUAGCUACCGCAGCAAACCCCACACGGUAAACGACGAUGCCGCUAGUCUGGCCACGAAUAAGUCGGCCGAGGAAGACGUUUGCUUCCCUCUACAGGAAGAUCGGGCCGGCGGCGAUCUGUACAUCGACUUUGAUUAUCUCGAGAACUUCAUCAAAGCCGAGAGCGAGCUACGUCAAUCCGCUCGCCGCGCGUCGAAUGCCCGUGUCUUCUCUGAUCUUCGGCCCCAAACUGCCGAGCCUGAGCCGUCUUUGCCAAUCGUUACACUGGACGGUGAUAUUUUGGAGGCUCCAUUCGGCAUCGAGCUUCACCGCGAGAAGAGCUCCAAAACGUCAAGGACCGACAAUGACGAGAAGGGCGACCUCGACGAACAGGCCAAAGCAAUCCAGCAAGCUCCGGUUGAUCCCAGCCGAGUGAGCUUCUUCUCGUCGGCUUGGGAGUCUACCAUACACGCUGCCGACUUGGAGGGCCUGAUCUUGCCUGGCGAAGACAUCAGAGGGCUGUUUAGUUUUCCAAAAGGGGAGUCCGAUGGCGUGUGGUGGCUUAAUAUGAACAAGCCAUCGGAGGAAGAAGUUCGUGCCGUUUGCAGGGCUUUUGGUAUCCAUCCUCUGACCAUCGAGGAUAUUACGACGCAGGAGUCUCGUGAGAAAAUUGAGCUCUUCCCGUCGUACUACUUUGCCUGCUUUCGGUCAUUCUACCUCGAGGUCGACGCCGAGACGAAGGAGACGGAGUACGUGCCCUUCAAUAUUUACGUUAUCGUGUUUCGCGAGGGCACGUUGAGCUUCAGCUACGCCAGCAACAUGCACGCCUCUCAUGUGAGGAAGAGGAUUACCAUGCUGAAGGACUACGUUGCCUUGAGCAGUGACUGGAUCUGUUACGCUUUGAUUGAUAACAUCGUCGAUUCGUUUGCCCCCAUCAUCAACAAGCUAGAAAUGGAUACAGACCAAAUCGAGGACGAGGUUUUCAUUGCCCGGACCGACGACAUGGCCGAAUUCCUUCGAAAAAUCGGCAUAGCGCGCAAGAACGUCAUGGGCUUGAUGCGCCUGCUGGGCGGCAAAGCCGACGUUCUCAAAGGCUUUACCAAGCGAUGCAACGAAAACUACAAGGUGACGCCCAGAAUGGACAUUGGACUCUAUCUAGGUGACAUUCAGGAUCAUGUUGUGACCAUGAUGACCAACCUCGGGCACUUUGAGAAGAUGCUAUCGCGGGCUCACAGCAAUUACCUAGCCCAGAUAUCCAUCGACGGCAUUGCCCAGGGAACGAGCACGAACCGCGUUCUUAGCAAGAUCACGCUUUUGGCUUCCAUCAUUGUGCCGCUCAACGUCGUUACUGGUCUGUUUGGUAUGAACGUCUUCAUUCCGUGGAAGGAUGUUGAUAACUUGGGGCCUUUUUUUGGCAUUCUUGGCUCUCUGCUGUUGUUCUGCCUCAACGACAAGGACAAGGCCGAGCUGCGCCAGUUCAUCACCAACGAGCAGCAGCGCACACGGCUGCAAGCGCAAACACACACGCUCACAGACACGUGCUGGAAGAAAUGCGUGACGGGGCCCAUCAAGAGCGGAUCGCUGGACAAGACGGAGCAGGUGUGCAUGGCGAGCUGCGUGGAGCGGUUCAUGGACCUCAACCUACUCACGACGCAGCUGUUGACAAACAAGAUGCGCAAGUGA